GCGGAAGUAUGUCAACGGAAGUUGUGAGUUGUUGCUCUGCUGUGGCCAGGCUCCUCAGAAAUAUUAAAUGAUAAACUGGAAACCUAAUAUGAAAGGUUAUUGCUCCUGUUGAAAUUAUUCGAAGCUAUCAACAUGGUUCAGUUACACGUGAAACGAGGAGAAGAGAGUCAGUUUCUUUUCAACACCACUGUCGACAUCGCACUGGAAACUCUGUUUGAAGAAGUCACAGCAAUCUACAAUGGGAGAUUGAAAGUGGAGAGGAUUUGUUCAGAGGUGCCAGAGCUUGCAGAGCAUGGCAUCACGCUACCCCCAAAUAUGCAAGGCCUCACUGAUGACCAAGUAUUAGAUCUGAAACUUCAUGAUGAAUGGGAGGAUACGUGCAUACCUAGUGGGGGUGCUGAAUUUAAAAAGGAUGAAAUUGGGCGCAGAAAUGGACAUGCUCCAAAUGAGAAAAUGAAAGAUGUUUUGAAGAAGACUGUGGAAGAGGCCAAAGCUUUAAUCUCAAAGAAACAGGCACAGGCAAAUGCGUGUGUCACUAAGGAGAUGGUAAAGGAGGCUUUGGAUCUCCUACGGGGUGCAGUUAUGAUUGUUUACCCCAUGGGCCUUCCACCACACGACCCAAUCAGAAUGGAACUGGAGGAUAAUGAAGAUCUAGCUGGCACACAGGCGGCUCUCCAAGUGAUUCCCGCUGAAGAGGGCCAACUCUGGUGGGCACAGAAAGAAAUGCAGCGUGGCAAGAAGCUGCAGGACUACAUUGGCAAAAAUGAGAAGACUAAGAUUGUGGUCAAACUACAAAAGAGGGGCCAGGGGGCGCCAGCGAGAGAGCCAAUGGUCACUGAGGAGCAGCAGAAGCAGAUGAUGUUGCACUACCACAGAAGACAAGAGGAGCUUAAGAAACUGGAUGAAGCUGAUGACGACACCCAUCUGCACUCGGAGUGGUCCGACAGACAGGCCCUGAAAAAGCAGUUUCAAGGACUGAGUAACAUCAAGUGGGGCCCCAGAUGAUCCGCAGAGCUCAGAGAUGGCGUGAACACUAGCCUCACGAUCUCUGUGUUCUGUUAGUAAUGCCUUACUGUCCGGCAUUGCUGUGAUUGCUGUGUUCCUUAGCGCGCUAAUGUUUGGAAUCUGCAAUCUGUUUGUUUUUCCUGUUCUUCCUGUUUUUGACCCACAUAUUUUUGCACUGUACAUACACACUGUAAAUGAUAUUAGCGAGUAAAUAAAACAGCCAUUAACUGGG